GUACCGGGUGUACCGCGCGAUGCACUAGCUGGGUUGGUGAAAGCGGGUGGUCUGGCUAGUCCGUUUUCUUUGUUUGCCCAUUAAUCGACAGACUGUGCUGGCCGUUUACUAUCAAGGAAGCCUAUCGCGCCAGCCGACGUAACAAACCCCUGUUUAAACGAUAGUGCAUCUCCUCGCGCUUCGCAAUGUCGAGUUCGCGACUGAAUGAAUUGCGGCACGCACUGAGCAGAGUGGCCGAUUUCACAGAGGCGCACAAGUCGUUCAUCAAUGCCCACAUGGUGGACUUCUACACAAAACAGCAUUGGGAGCACCUCGUGGACGCCGAUGUCGGCAGGGAUCUGCUCAGCUUGAGUGAAGAAGAACUCUUGUGCUUGGGAACUGAACAGUUCAUGAAUCUUGAAUGUGUGAGGGCCGGUCACGUGCCAGCGCUGCAGGCCCUGGCGCUCGAACUGGAGCGGCACACGCUGUCCGCGCUCGGUGCUCUCAGCAACGGCGACCGCCUCGCCCACCCGGCGGCCUACAGCGAGAGCAGCAUCAAAAGCCUUGCAGGGCGCGGCAUGAGCCCCAAAAAGGAGCACGAGGUGGACGCCAUGGCCCAGCUGGUGGCCUCGCUCGCGCACCGCCUGGGAGUCCGGCAACUGCUGGACCUGGGCAGCGGCAAGGGAUAUCUGGCCGCGCGAAUGUGCGGGCCGCCGCACGCGCUCCGAGUCCUCGCCGUGGACAGCUCGGAGGCCCGAAACCGCAGCGCCCUCGAGCGAGCCGCCAAGAUGCUGCAGGGCGAGGGCGCCGAGCGCCUGCGGACGCUCACGGCUAGCGUCGACGACAAGUUCGACGUGGAAGCCGCCUUCAGCGGAAACGAGAAGGAGCGACUCCUGGUGUGUGGUCUCCACACCUGCGGCGAGCUGGGACCCAGCGCCCUGCGGUUGGCCGUGCGUGGAGUGCCCAGGGUGCGAGGCCUGUGCCUGGUUGGCUGCUGCUACCACCUGCUGGAACGUGGCUUCCCCAUGUCCCAGGAGCUCAGGGCUCGAGGUUGUCGAGACCCCGGUCGCAACGCACGCAUGCUCGCAGCCCAGUGUGCCGACCGCCGCCAGGAGACCGGCGACACGCUUUUCUGGCGAGCUCUGCUCCAGCUGAUGCUGACGGACCAGGAACGAGACUCCGGAAAGCGAGUGGGUCGACUGGCAGUGGCAGGCAUGUUCGCCGAUUAUGCAAGGCAAGCUCUACGGAGGCUUGGUCGCGAUGUUGUCGACCAGUCGGCGCUUCGGGCGCAAGCAGAGUGCCUGGAGCGCGAGUACGGGGACGAACAGAGACGUCGGUUGUUGGCUUUCCACCGUCUGCGCAUCGCCUGGGCCGGCUGCAUCGAGGCACUUUUGCUUCUGGACAGACUCGUGUUUUUACUCGAACAGUGGCCGACGGUGGCGGAGGCGCACAUAGUGCGUCUGUUUGACCCGACGGUGUCGCCGCGGUGCCACGCGCUUGUGGCACUCAUGCAAUACGUUGGAGGAGAGUGAAGCGAAACCUGCUGGUUAUUACA